CUUGAGGGAUACUGGAAGAAAAAAACUCUAAAGCUGAAUGACGGAAAACUCUUCAUUCAGGCCGCUCUCCGAGAAACCCACGAAGAAAUCGGUGUGGAGCCGAAAUCAGUGGAAAUAUGGGGUCGUCUGAAGCCGGUGUUCACACGAACGAUGACCACAACGGUGGUGCCGAUCGUUCAAACAUUGUUUUCCGUUCCACUAGAAGAACUAUGCCGAUCGACAGGAUACACACGAUUUUUGUCAAAAAAGGCUGAAUACGCACUGCCAGUGUUUUUUAGCAAGAAUUUCACGGUAAUUUCACAUAAUACGGACGAGUUUCUGCCACGUGAAUUCCGUAUCUGGGGUUUGUCAGCGAUUAUGCUCCAUCAACUGCUUCUUAUCAUAGCGCCGGAGAGCUACCAGGAUACGCUACGACUGCCAUUCUACUAA